AUGGAUGAGGAAAAAACGGCUGCAGUGUCCGCAGUGAACACUGUCAGCUUAGCCUACUUUAAAGCGGACCCAGCUUUAUUUUUCGCACAGUUAGAGUCAGAGUGCGAACUGAGAGGAAUUACCUCUCAGAAAACAAAAUUUAAUUUAGCGGUCUCCAAGUUGCCUCUCGAAAUUAUUAUCUCUCCACCAAAAGACAAGCCAUAUUACAAGUUAAAGGAGGAACUUAUUCGGAGGACGUCUAUGUCCCGGCAAAAGAAAUUGUCGCAGCUUUUGCAUGAGGAACAAUUGGGAGACAGCAAGCCAUCGCAAUUUUUACGUCGUUUACAACAUCUAGCCGGAGAAAGUAAUGAGGAUGGCAUUAUAUGUCAUAUUUUUCUCCAGCGUUUGCCCCCUGCAUAUCACGCUGUUUUAGCUGCGGUGGGUGAAGAUGCACCUGUCGAAAAGCUGGCUGAAAUAGCAGAUAAUGUAGCUGACCUAACUUCGGGAUGCACUGCUCCCGUUUCUGCCGUACAGACGCAAGAGCCAGAUCCACUGGCUAGACUUUUGGAGGGACAACGAAGGGAAAAGCCUAGGCUGGCGACCCGGUGCGCCGGCGUGGGAGAGGUUUGUCGCUUACUAUUUGUUUCGGACCGCACUACUGGUAUACGUUUUCUCGUGGACAGUGGUGCGCAAAUAUCUUUAAUUCCUGCCACUAGGGCAGACAAGUUAAAAGGCCCUCACAAACUUACUUUACAGGCCGUUAAUAAGUCGCUCAUCCAGACUUAUGGUCAGAGGUGCCUUACAUUGAAUUUGGGUCUGAGACGGGUUUUCACCCAUUUCUUUGUCCUUGCGGAUGUAGAGAAGGCCAUAUUGGGUGCAGAUUUUUUACACAAAUUUGGUCUUCUCGUUGAUGUUCACAGACGUUGUCUGACAGACCCUAAGACAAAUACUCAAUCGCCGGGAGCCAUUCAUAAUGUAAUUCCAUUAUGUCCUACUGUGGCUAACACAGAAGAUAACCCUAUGUUCUGUGAACUUUUACAAAAGUUUGAGAGUAUUACUAAACCGGCUUUUCAUAAAGAUAGUUUACCCCACAAUAUAACACACCACAUUGCUACUAGCGGUCCUCCUGUUCACAGCCGUCCUCGCUGUCUGGCACCGGAAAAAUUGAGUUUAGCGAAAACAGAAUUUACCCAAAUGAUGGAACUUGGUAUUAUCCGGCCAUCAAAGAGUAACUGGGCAUCUCCUUUACACCUGGUAUCCAAAAGUGGUGGUACCUGGCGAGCUUGUGGGGAUUAUAGGGCACUCAACUCUGCCACUAAACCUGACCGUUAUCCCAUUCCUCAUAUACAUGACGUAACGGCCAUCAUUCAGGAUAAUCAAAGUAGACUGCCAGGAGGCACCCACCCCCUUAUUGGAGUUCCUGUGACGUCGUUCCCCUGUUUGAGAGUGGGCGCCAUGGCGGAAACCCACAUGGAGUACCCUUCCCCACCAGUUUUAACUCCAGAUGCUAAUGCACCUGAGCAGUUGCCUCCCAAGGAGGCAUCCAGCAUUACCCUCUAA